UUUGAUAGCAAUGAACUCAUUGUACAGUACAGUAGUAGUAGUAGAGCUCCUGCUCUCCUCAUGCUGGGGAGAUUUAUACAAAGCUUCAUCGCACACUCUAAUCCAGCAUUCAGGAGUCCACAGUUCAGAAAGAGUUCAACAUAACAAGAUUGUCUGAUCCUCUGUAUCAACAAAACAAAAUUAAAGCCCUCUCAGUCUGUCAGUAUGAAGGUGUUAGAGGUGGGAGACUCAGUGAGUCAGUUCAGGUUGGCUGAGUCAUGUGUGGGGCUGGCAGGGUGUCUGUGCGUGACCUACUCUGUUUGGACCCCUCGCUGGCUCAAUGACCAGGGACUGUGGUCUAUAGGCAACAACAGCACCAACACAGACAGUGAUGGUGACCAGACUGAGGGCAUCAUCUUUAACGCCCUGGAGGCAGAGCAAGUAUUUGGGGUGCUGUCAUUCCUCAUGGCUGUGAAUUCGGGGGCUCUGUGCCUCGUGUUCGCCCUCUGCUGGACAUCCCAGACAGUGCGCUCUUACUCCAACACCCGCUCCCUCCUCAUGGCAGGGCAGGCCCUCUACCCCACCGUCUUGCUGCUCCUCACUCUGGGACCCACAGGAUUCUUCUUCCUCCUCAGCUGGUCCCUCUUCACCUACCAGCACCGGGUGGAGAUCAGCGAUGACUUCACAUGCCUGGGCUCCUCCUUUUGGCUGGGUGCCCUGGGCUGGGCCCUGCUAUUGGUUGCUCUGCCUGUGGUCUUCCUGGUGGAGCAGUGUGUGGUCCCGGACAUCCUGCCAGAUCUCAUGAAGGCUGCCGAUGGGUGGCGGGGCGCCUCCCAGGUACCGUACGCCCAGUGCUCGUUCAUCGUGAGUCACCAGCGUUGUCAUGAAGACCAGAGUGAUGAAGACAUUGCGAGAGGGCUGAGGAGGUACAUGUCUGUACCCUGAGAGGAGGAAUAGAGAGGACACAGGACAGUGAUGGAGUAUUAGUGUAACCUUCUUCAGGCUCAGAGACUGAGCUGACUGCAGAACUGGACUGGACUGGGCACACAGCUGAUAGGGGUCCAUGUUCACACUAGCAGUUCACCAGGGAGCGGAGCUUCUAGUCUGUGUCUGUAUCAGAGAUUUCUCCACUGUAGGAGAAUGUUUACAGACGCACUCUGAGAAUAUGUAAUAUUAGACUAAUCAAAUCAAAUUUCAUCGGUUGCACACACAUAUUUUGCAGAUGUUAUCGCAGGUGCAGCGAAAUGCUUAUGUUUCUAGCUCAAACAGUGCAGUAAUACCUAACAAAACAAAACACACAAAUCCAAAAAAUAACGAAAUUAAGAAAUAGCAGAACGAGCAAUGUCAGAGUCCAGAAUAUAUAUAUAUAUAUAUAUAUAUAUAUGGUAUACA